AUGAGAGCCAGAGGAAUACCCGAGAAGCUAAUACGAUGGAUUGAAGCAUUCUGCUCCAAUCGAACGGCCACGAUUCUGGUGAACGGGCAUCAGUCUGAUACCCGCACACUUGACCAAGCAGGACUCCCACAAGGAUCUCCACUGUCGGCGGGCAGUUACAACUUCUUCAACGCGGAUCUAGUACAGAGACGCAUUGACGCCAAUGGUGGAGCGAUAGCCUUCAUAGACGACUUUACGGCUUGGGUUACUGGCCCAACAGCACACAGCAAUCGAGACAAGAUUAAGGCUAUUGUAGAGGAGGCCUUGGAAUGGGAAAAACGAAGCGGGGCGACGUUCGAAGCAGAGAAGACGGCCAUCAUACACUUCACCCGCAACGCCCGACUAGUAGAUCCGACCCCAAUCGUGAUCAAGGGAAAAGAAGUUGUACCUAAGGACCAUGUCAAGAUACUAGGUGUGAUCAUGGAUUCCCGCCUCAAAUUCAAGCAACACAUUGCCCGAGCAUCGACCAAGGGACUCGAGGCUGCGAUGGAACUGAAACGUUUGAGAGGUUUGUCAACUGCGACAGCGAGACAGUUGUUCAUAUCCACAGUGGUACCGCUAGUUGACUACGCCUCGAAUGUCUGGAUGCACGCGUACCAGGACAAACUGGUCGGACCUAUCAACCGAGUGCAAAAGGCUGGUGCGCAAGCCAUUGUCGGGACUUUUCUCACUGUCGCGACUGCAGUGGCAGAGGCGGAAGCCAAUCUGGAUAACGUCACGUAUGAAGAAAUUCUACGCCAAACAUCGAUCGCCACUAUACCAGGUCACACGAAGGCUGGCGGCUGUGCCGGCGGAUCAGUUGGAGUCAAUUUUGCCCUUCACGAUAGAACCAUGGAGAAAGAAGGUCACGACGGUGACAGACAGCCAGGUCGAUGA